GCGCGGACACCUCCCCGCCAGCAGCACGACCCGCGGCGCGCACGCGCACUAGCUCCGCGGCCGGCGCGUCUUCUGCCGCUCUCGUUUCAGAGGCAGCUGCAGACACACACAACAGCUCCUUCCUCUCUCUGUCUCUCUCCUAACUAGUCCGUACUUUGUGAUCACAGCUCCAUCUGAAAUACCGCCACUUGAUGAAUAGGGAACAGAGGAAUAUGGACCCCGCUACACGGAGCUCACCUCGUGAUUAGAUACCGCUCCACGUCGAUAUUCGGAUCCUAUCAGUCUGUGAUUUAGUGGCCUGUUAAUUCCGGCGAUAGCUACGGAUUCGCUAGAUUUCGGCUUUCCACCUGCAGAUUCCAGACAUCGCGGCGAUAACGACCUACCACUGGAGGACGUCCUAGUCGCUGACACCACCACAACACCAUGCCUCUAGCGUUGAGGGCGGCGUUCGGGCGGGACCCUGACACGGGCUCGCUGUUCGGCAAGCUAUCGCCGCGCCGCAUGCUGGUGGUGUUCUGCGCCGAGCUGCUGGGCACCGCGCUCCUGCUCUUCAUGGGCUGCAUGGGCACCGUCACCGGAGUCUCCGACGCGACCUCCAGUCCGCUGCAGAUCUCCAUUGCCUUCGGCAUGACCGUCGCCUCCAUCAUACAGAUCAUCGGGCACAUAUCGGUGGCGCACAUCAACCCGUCGGUGACGCUGUGCGCCGUGCUGCGUGGUGACCUCAACCUGGCGGCGGCAUUCCUCUACUUCGUGGCGCAGAACAUCGGCGCCAUCCUCGGCUUCGGCCUCCUACUGUCGGUGACGCCAUCCUCGGCGGUGUGUGAGUGCACGACGGUACCGGCGAAGUCGCUGUCGGCGCUGCAGUCUGUGCUGGUGGAGGCCGGCAUGACAGCGGUACUCAUCUUCCUGUGCCACGGCGUCUGGGACGCGCGCAACGCCCGCAACACCGACUCCACGCCCCUUAAGUUCGGCUUCCUCGUCGCCGCCGUCUCCAUGGUAGCGGGUCCGUACACAGGUGCCAGUAUGAACCCAGCUAGAACACUAGGACCAGCCGUAUGGAGAGGGGAAUGGACGCAACAUUGGGUGUACUGGGUGGGCCCGCUGCUGGGAUCUGCAGUCGCCUCGCUGCUCUAUCUGACGCUCUUUGACGCGAAGCCCGCCGCGCCCACAGCUUCCCGCAACCGCCGCGGCGUCGAGGAUGGCGCUGCAGGCGGUGCAGGCACCGAGAAGGCAGAGUCCAUCCCACUCAACUAGAACAGCCGCCGAGUAGAGGCUGCCACACUGCAGAGUCCAUGACAGGGGAGCCCGUCUGCUCCAGACCCCAGCGUGCCGUCGCCUCCUGCUCUUCCAUGCCACAGCUUCAUCAUCAUUAUCCUCCGCUGCUCCAUUUGGUAAAAGAAAAGUGUUCUGUGGGCAUAUCUUUGCUACUGUUGAUCGGUUAGUCACUUACAGCCGAUGACGGUAGUUUACAACGUCAUCACUUCGACUGACGCUUUGAAGACAUUGAUUUUUGUUCUCACACCCAGUCACUGUGCUUUAUGCAUAGUAGAGUCAUUUCUGCUGAAACGACUCAGUUCUGAUCGACAAGGGAUUUUAGCCACACAUUCAUCACCUGAAAAUAUUCGUUUGCCAGAUCACAAGAAAGUAGCAUUCUAUAUCGACAAAUUUUUAUCAAGAGCACUGCUUUGUUCCAAAUUGUUGAGUUGCAAUUUUUUGAUUCGGAAUGUAACUUCAAGCUCAGUCAGCAAACGUUGCCACUCCAAAAAAAUUCCAGGGACUAGUAUCGAACCCAAAACGCCUUGCUUAAAGUUACGGCCCGAAGAGAGCACUCGUAAGUCUAAUAAUGGCGAUUCUCUUCUGAAACCCAUUGAUCCGGAAACCAUUUUUCUAUAAACCGUAAAACUUGCAACAAAAAAUCUCGAUAGAACUAGAAAACAUAACUAUUCGGAAUCGCUAAACUUUCGAACAUCAAGUAGUAACUCUUCGGAAUUUCAGACGAUAAUAAUUAUGCAGAAGGCAAAAAGUGUGGUGGUUCUGCAGAUCGUUACCAACUCUAACUGAAUAUUCUUCGAUUGCGUGAGACACUGGCUAUACGAAAGGUGAAAUACAUCACAUGUGAUUAUCUCCUUUAAUUCAUUCAGUGGCAGUGUUAUUCUGGAAUCACUAGAAAGUGCCAUGUCUUCAUAUGUAAUUAGUGUUCACUUUUCCUUUCACACAGGAGUCGUCCGCUAUAUUAUCUUAUAAAAGAUAUAUUGGUUGAAUUUUAUCUCACUCUGCUGUGGCCAAGCAGUCAAUAGCACAGAUACAUUCUCCAGCUCUGGAGCUUCGGAGCUAAUGCUCUUGUGGAGAAACUAACUUUUAAUGCUUGCUUGAGCAUCGGAUAGCAACAUGCCUGGUCCACAACUGUACCUUGAUAAACUGCGUGAUCUUCCCCCCUGUAGACACAGUCUACUGAUUGGGUCAUGAUGAUUUUCCAAGAAGGGAACUUGUACAUGACUAGUAAUCACAAACAGCCUCAUUUAUACUGCAGCUAUCACAUAACUGAAACACAUUACUCUUCCUCAGGACAGGAAGUCAUCCGUUAUAUUACUGUAGAAUUAGUUUUUUAUUAACAGUUCACACCAUUAACAAGGACCAUCAGAAAUUUGUAUCGUAUUGUAACAGAGUACAAGACGUAGUUUUUGUGUCGAUUUCAGUUUUUCUGAACAUUUGUCUUCAACACGAGUGGUGAAGGGCAGAUGACUUCUUCCACAGUUCUAUAUAUAUCGUUAGUAUCUUCUUUGUGAAUGAAGUUACAGUGUAUGUAAAAAUAUACAACGAAUAACCCUCAAAAUAGAUAGACAUAUACGGCCAGCUAAUACACCAUGCAAUGUUACGGACUGACCUACUGUAAGUAAUGUGAAGUCAAUCGCCUGAUCAUCCUACAUAUGACGGGAAUGUACUGGAUGCAAAAGACUAAUGAAGGAUAAAGUCAAAAUAUUUCCAAAAAAUAAAUUUCUUGGAUAAUAUCACAUUUGGUAUUGAAUUCUCACGUAUUUAACCGAGUGGCACACAAAAAAAAAAAAAAAAAAAAAAGAGUUCGAAAUCAUCAUAUUCCAGGAUAAUCUAAAGGCAAGCAUUAAUAAUCAUAGUUCUUCAGAUGACCGUAUCAUUCAAUAAGAAGACUAAUUGCUGCCAUGUUUCUUUAAUUUGCACAAAUAAAACACUAUUUGCAGCCAUUUUCAUGAAGUAUGAUACUUUUUUUAUGUACUGAAGAAAGAGGUUGUUAAGACGGAUACAAAUUAAAUUCUUGGUGAUGAAUGCGUGAGUACUACUUUUUAAGCAACUUUUAUUGUGUGCAAACAUUAUAUCGUUAUAUAGUUUUUUCAUGUCCAUCUUCUGUGCCAAUUGUUAUGUGCUAAAAAUUAGCGUCUAUGUGUCAAUAUUUGUAGUGACAUUAAAUCUGCCAUGUAAUCAUCGUUGUCUGUGUUAAAGCUCAUGAAUAGCUCUAAAACAAAUUUUAUAUGUGUCUUUUGAAGUAAAAGGAUUAAAUAUGUUGUUUGUUAUCAAA